UGCUUUGUUUGUCCUGCUAAAGAGUACAUGCUGUAACAAUGAAUGUGGGCAUAAGUGGUGUGCCACAAACUUCACUCUGUGCCACUCAGGGAAGGACGGGGAGAACUGGAUUUCAGCCAGACAGUAUAAAGCUAAGGUAACUUGGGAACAGGUAGUUCUGGUAGCUCUUUCCUGCAGAGCCUUGUUAGCAGCAGAUCUCACCAGAACCAGGUCUUAGAAAUUGUUGAGAAGUUUCCCGCAGUCAGAAAUGAUAGAGAGGGUCGCAUAAAGGACACAUCCAUGCUGCACCUCAGGAAUAUUGCUUAAUAGCUUUAACCUGAAGAAUAUUAUUGCAUGGUAAAGCUUAUGACAGACUACCAAACUUCUCAACAACACAGAGAGCAUUUAAUUUUUGUCUGAUCACAAUCAUCUAAUGCCACUGCACAUUCUACAAUGGAAACUCUAAGACAAAUACAAAAUUUUGGUAUCUGUGUUACUUGUACAUACCCCAUAGCCUCUGGCAUGGUGUUUACCAUUCUAGUUUCUUGCUGUUCAUCUCUGAACAUAAGAGCUCGUCCACUUCUUUCUAAUUCACCUUUCCUUUCCAUCUGGAAUGCUCCUACAGAACUUUGUACUGAAAGGACUGGAGUGCAGCUGGACAUGUCAUUUUUUUCUCUCAUUGGAAGCACGCUGAAGACAUCCAUUGGGCAAAACAUCACUCUAUUCUAUCCAGACAGGCUUGGUUACUAUCCAUACAAAAAUGAAGUCACGGGAGAAGCAUUCAAUGGAGGAAUCCCUCAGCUCGCACUGCUGGAAAAUCAUUUAAAAAAAGCCAAAGAGGAUAUCCAGUUCUAUAUUCCUUCAGAUGAACAGUUUGGGUUGGCUGUCAUUGACUGGGAAAAUUGGAGACCUGUAUGGAUAAGGAACUGGGGAUCAAAAGACAUUUAUAGGCAGGAAUCUAUUGAACUGGUUCAGCAGAGAGACAUCAGUCUAUCAGAAGCCGAAGCCAGGACUAUAGCUAAAAUGGAAUUUGAAGCUGCAGCAAAAUCUCUUAUGUUGGAAUCUUUAAAACUAGGCAUAGCAAUGAAGCCAAACCGUCUUUGGGGAUACUACCUUUACCCAGACUGUUAUAACUAUGAUUACAAACAAAACCCACAUAAUUAUACGGGAACCUGUUUAAAUAUUGAAAUAGCAAGAAAUAAUGAGCUUAAUUGGUUGUGGGAGAAAAGCACAGCACUUUAUCCAUCUGUCUAUCUUGAAACAGCUUUAAGAUCGUCCAGAAAUGCCCAGCUUUUUGUUCGCAACAGAGUUCGAGAAGCCAUCAGAGUUUCGUAUGUAUCUAAUUCCACUCAUCCCCUUCCAGUUUUUGUAUAUACACGACCAGUAUUCACAGAUCUCUAUGAGGAAUAUCUCUCUCAGGAUGACCUGGUAAAUACCAUUGGAGAGUCUGCUGCACUGGGUGCUUCUGGAAUUGUGAUUUGGGGUGAUAUGAAUUUAACACAAAGUAAGAACACCUGUAGGACUCUGGACAACUACCUUAGGAAGACUUUGACUCCUUACCUCAUCAACGUCACAAUGGCAGCCAGAAUCUGCAGCCAGGUAUUAUGCCAAGACUCUGGUGCCUGUGCACGGAAAAAAUGGAAUUCCAGUGACUAUCUUCACUUGAACCCAGAGAACAUUGUCAUUCAAAUGACAAAGGAUGGAAAAUACACCCUGCAAGGGCAACCAGCAUUUCAGGAUCUGCAGACAUUCGUAGAAAAAUUUGACUGCCACUGUUACGCAGGGCACAACUGUGAACCUAGAGUUGAUAUCAAUGACAUCCAUUACCUUCGUGCUUGUAUUUCAGAAGAAAUUUGCAUUCAGAUAUCCUCAAAUUCAUUUUCUAAUAUAGACUCUUCGAAAGAAAAGAACUUGUCUAACAGAACUGUAUAUCCACUUGCCUCUCAGAGUAAGGUGACAUUAUCUACACAUCCUGAAACAGAGUAUUUCCAGUCUGCCACUGGAAAUAAUAUACUGCAUCUAACAACUGCAGAAUAUAACACUGUCACAGCUACCACUAGAUAUGAUGUAGAAGCAAAUGAUACUUGUAGUUUUGGUAGUUCUACACCCUAUAAGAUAAAUGUGUUUAAUCUAUUGUUUUUAAUUCUAAUUUUGAGAACCUUGAUGUAAAUGACUCACAGAAGUGAGAAUAUUUUUUCCUGGCUGUGUUUAAUUUGCACAGAGAAAUAAUUUCUAGAAGGUGUACAACAGCCGCAACUCUGUGGUCUUAUCUGUAUCAGGUAGCCUUUUCUAUUCCUUAGGUAACACUUCAGUUUGAAUGUAUUUCUCCAGUUUAGUUCUAUAAACUACUAUCUGUGCCAAAGAUACACUGGUCUGUGUAUACUGAUUAUACCUAUGAAAGGAAAACUCUGCAUGAGGAACGCUUUUUUUUUAAUAGUUGACAUUUUUAACAGUUGCAUUUGAAGAACGUAUUUGUUGAUAAUACCAUUUUGUAGACUUCAAGUUAAGUCAGUUAAAUCCAUCUCAAUCUGUGUUUCAUUCUCAACAGUUAACAGGCUUAAUGCUCUGUGUUCAUUCCAUCUGAACACUAGCUAUUAAAAAUAUUUGGCUUAACUUUAUAUUGUGGAACUUUGCAACAUAAUGUUUCUUUGAUGAAUGUACCUUUUCUUUUUUUUUUCUUUUUUUUACUUUUUACAGUAUCCACAAGGACACUGUGGUUCUUCUUUUAAUUUAAUAUACCCCUAACUCUUCAAAAGUUACUAAUUUUAAUGUAAAUAUUGACUUCUAAGUAAUACAACUUCAUUAUUCAAAAUUUGAGCUGUAGCAGUUAGUCUUUCCUUCUUUCUUCUCCUCUUCUCCUCCCAAGCUCUCUCCCUUUUUCAGAAGUCCUCUUACUGGCUCUCCAUUGUUUUGUCUGGCCAAUACUCAAAACUCAUCGGAUCUGCUUCUUCAGUCCCUACUGGCGCUGGUCAUUAGUCCUGGUUUCUCUGGUCAGCAAGCCCUGGAAAGUGCAUACGACACUGUCUCUGUGCCAUCUGGACAACAGCCUGAGCGCAUAGGACAUUUUCUAUACUGAUUAUUUCCUAGUCAGUCGAUUUGGUGGAAGAUAGUUUGUUCUGUAGGAAAACUGAACAGUGGAGGAUAUGAUAUUGGGGAUCAGGGACUCUCAUUCUUCACUUCCAGUCAAUUUGAUCAAUAAUCUCAGAUUUUUUUACCUGUUCUGCUCACAAAACCCCAAACUACGUCCCCUGGCAUGCAGGAAGUUUUGUGCCCUGUAUACUCUCUUGGUGAGAGCAGUCAGUGAGUGCCAUUAACCUAGGAAGGAAAGCAGACAGCAGUUGAGAGGAAAGAUAGUAACAGAGAAAUAUGCCUGUCUGGAGAAGAGGCUAGUGGAAGACAGACACCAAAAAGCAUGUCAUCCAGGACACUACAGGGAAGGCCAUGGUGUGAAACCAUUUUCUUUCAGCUCUGAACAGAAAUAGCAAACACACAAGAACUGUGGGUUGCAAUUUAAGACUUCACUGCAGAUGCUCAGCUGUCAUGCAGAGGCUAGGCAGCUUAUGCUUUCCUUGAGAGACAUGAAAGAACCUGAUAUAUUCAGAAGAAAUUCAGAGAAAAUCAGUUAUUCAAGUCCACAAUCUGCCAAUACUCACUCUGUGUAGCUACAAUAGCAUCUGCAUAGCUACAGUAAGAUUAUUUUUCCUUAAUAUUGUUUUAUUGAAGUCACAUAUAUACGUCAGAAGAAAAUCAUUCCCAGUUUCACAUCAGGAGUCCAGUUAUGAUUUCUGUAUAGCCAGUUGAAGCAUUCAGAAGCAACUAACUGCAGUCCAUUUGAUAAAAUAAUAUUUCCAAAUUAUUAAGUCAGAAGCUUAAUAAAAGGCUAGACUUCUAAUGGGUAGAGUGGCUGCUGGCACUGAUAGAUUGAAAAUGUCUCCAUAGAGCUAGGCAUGAACUGCAUAAAUAAAUCACCAUCUCCCAUAGAUACAACAUAACAGAAUGAUUUAUCAUUUCAAUAUAGUAGCCCUUUACUUGCAAAAACCUAAUGCCUAAAUCUAGCAGAAAAUGCAUAUUAGAUCUAAUGCUUUCAAAUGUUCAUGUUGUCAGUCAUAACAGAUGCGCAGAAAAAUAGAUGAAGACUUUAGAUUUAAGAAGAAGAAACAAUGUUUUAUGGCUUUUGGAUACCAAGUUAUUAAGAGGAAGUAAUGGCUUUCUCACUGCACUUACAUUGUUGAGCCCACAAGUCAAAGUUACUCCUGCCAUCAAUGACACAAGUAGACUAAGAAGUAAAAAAUAUAUUUGUAGCAAACCAUCCAGAACAAAAGAAGCCAGCAGGUUUUGAUCACUUCUGUAAAAAUGUAGUUUCUUCACUCCCAACUUUUAAUGGAUAUUUAACCGUGGGUAAACAAAAGCCAUGGUACCCUUCUGCAUUAUUGCUGCAUCUGAGGUCUCCCUGCAUCAUGCUGAGCUUGAGAUUAUCCAAGGAUUUCUAAAACCUGGAAACUUCACUGGUAAUGUCUUAGCAUACAUUGUGUGAGUUCUACUAAGUUUUGCUUUUUUCUAGCAGAACCCUUUAACGUGGCUAACACUUUCUGUUGGCAUAUAGAGUUUUAGUUCAAAGGCUGCAUAGCUUUGUUGAGUCACGUACUGGAAAAGUUUUGUGAGGUCAGGCUUCUUUGUAAAUAUCUAGCUCGCUUCAAGACACUGAAUUUGUAUUACUUUGUGAUAAGUGAGCUUGCAGCAUCACAAAACCUACAAGUCUUGCCAUAAACAUUACUGACUAUCAACCAAGUAAUAGCAAGCAGAGCAUUUCUUGUGAAAUCCCAAGGGAAGAAGUAGGAAAGAAAAGAUAAACAAGAGUUAGGACAGAGCAUCCAAGACUUCCCAGUGGAUGAAGAAGAAGUGAACUGCAGCAGUGAAAGAGUGAAGCAGAAGGGAAUAUGGACAGAUCAGCCUUUCUGUACCACAGUUUUUAUCUACUUGGUAUUUAACAUAGAUGACCUUUACCCAAUGCCCACUAUAAAGUUAAAAGAACACAGUAACUGAUAUGUUAGAUUAGAUACAUCUAUCUGAUCCCACCUAAUUUUUUCUUGAGAGCAGCUAGGAUAACAAAAGUGUAAGAAAAGUGAGGGGGAAAGCAAACCAUGGCAAUAAACUCUCCACAGAAAUGUGUCUUCCUGAGCUCCAUCAUAAGUAGUUAUCUCGUGCUCUGAUGCAUAAUGCUUUACGAAGCACCUUUUGAAUUUUCAUUUUGAAUCUGUAUGUUACAUACACGUAUCUGAAAUUCGUGCUUCAAAUCCUACAAACUUCUUACCAUAGUGAGAUUCGUGUAUACUGACAUGUAUAAUUAUUUUCCAAAUACAGUAUGGUGUUCUGCAUUAUGUUUGUCUUUCCUCUUUCUAUGUCAAAGAGUCACCAUGGAGUCAGCAAGAGUCUUCAUGGAGUAAGGAAGGAGAAAAGGAAAAGGACAGCUACUCCUUCUAUUGCUGGGGACUGCCUUAUGUUCAAAGCCAAAAUUGUACUCUCCUACAACAAACAAACAAACAAACACCACCUUCCAUUAAUUGCAUUUCCUGUAAUCACUGUUGUCUCUGUAGCCUUAUAGUUUCAGUUUCUUAUCAUAGAAUCAUAGAAUU